GCCCCUGCCGCCGCACGUUGUCCCGCGGAUCUCCACGCUCGCAAGUUGACUCCCACCACUGCCACCGUCCACCGACGACGACUCCAGCCCACUUGUUCGUCCCCUCGUCCAAGCCCCCCCUCCCGUUGCACCGAGGCCACACCACACACACGUACACCCGUUGGCCAUGGCCGUCGCGAGGCUGGUGGCCGCCCCAUUCCCUCUCGCCACGUGCCGCUUGCGGAGGCCACGCCCAGCCUUGCCCCCCGCGCAUGCGGGGCCGGGGCCGCGGCCGCAGGUCCUGGUGCUCGCGCCUCCCGCUGCCACGGCGGCCCGGCGCGCCGUGCCCGUGCGCGCGGCGCCGGAGGACGAGGCCGUGGUCGCCGGCGACGGCGGCGGAGGGGACGCGGAGGCCGUGGCGGCGCGCGCGGCGCGGAAGCAGUCGGAGCGGCGGACUUACCUGGUGGCGGCGGUCAUGUCCAGCCUCGGGAUCACGUCCAUGGCCGCCGCCGCCGUCUACUACCGCUUCGCCUGGCAAAUGGAGGGGGGCGGCGAGAUCCCGGUGACGGAGAUGGUCGGCACCUUCGCGCUCUCGGUGGGCGCCGCGGUGGGGAUGGAGUUCUGGGCGCGGUGGGCGCACCGGGCGCUGUGGCACGCGUCGCUGUGGCACAUGCACCAGUCCCACCACCGGCCCCGCGACGGGCCCUUCGAGCUCAACGACGUCUUCGCCAUCGUCAACGCCGUCCCGGCCAUGUCCCUCCUCGCCUACGGCUUCUUCAACCGGGGCCUCGUGCCGGGCCUCUGCUUCGGCGCGGGGCUGGGGAUCACGUUGUUCGGGAUGGCCUACAUGUUCGUGCACGACGGCCUCGUCCACCGCCGCUUCCCCGUCGGGCCCAUCGAGAACGUGCCCUACUUCCGCCGCGUCGCCGCCGCCCAUCAGAUACAUCACAUGGACAAGUUCCAGGGCGUGCCCUACGGCCUGUUCCUGGGGCCCAAGGAGCUGAAGGAGGUGGGAGGAACUGAGGAGCUGGAGAAGGAGAUCAAGAAGAGGAUCAGGAGGAGGGAGGCCCUAGACGCCAUCCAAUAAGACCUGAUUAGCUAUACAGUGCUUACUGCUUUGGCUAUAGAAUUCCACUGUUUUUUUUGACCUUCUCCUCACAUUAGAUCUUCUAGCGUUUCGAUGUAUAUACGAGUGGUAGCGUGUGCAUGUGUCUUCUUUCCUGUUAAUAGAGUAGAAGCGCAGAUCGAGGAAUAAUUUCGAGUUGGGCAAACAGGUAGCCGCAGCUAGCUCUUGCAUGAA